CUUAUAUAUCAACAUAAAUAGUCGAAAUAAUUUUGUAAUUUAUCUUGUUAUUCAUGUGUUUUAUAUUAUGAUUAUAUCCUUAUUUGAGCUGGGAAAAUAAAAAUCGUCUCCGAAAUCCUUUAAUGUAUUGGGCAUUGCAUUAAGAAAGAAGGAAAACUAGUACUUAGUAUCCUUUAAUAAUUUUAAAUAUUAUUAAUAAAAUUUUAAUAUGGCUGACAGACUUACGCAGUUGCAAGAUACCGUUAAUCAGCAAGCUGAGAACUUUUGUAAUGCGAUUGGUGUAAUUCAACAAACUUCUUUUCCAAGUAAAUUUGUAAAUUUCGAUCGUAUAGGAUCCCAAACGCCAAACUCAAUCCAGCCACAAGAAGACUAUGCACAGCUAUUCGCUCAGUUAAUUGCACGUUGUGCCAAAGAUAUAGACACAUUAGUAGAGUCUUUACCUAAUGAAGACAGCUCUAUUGAACUUCAAAACUCCAGCCUUAAGAGGCUCGAGAUCGAAAAUCAAGAAACUGCACAUGAGCUUGAGGACGUGGUACAAAAAGGAGAACUUUUGCUUGAAAAAAUGCAGUCUGCUUUGGAAAACGUCGCACAAGCUCAAUUGGAUAUGCAAAAGACAUUGAAACCACAUUUCCUAUAAGCGUAAAAAUUAAAUAAAUAUGUAAAUACAUACAUA